CAGUAGAUGCUGAUGGAGGUGGAUGACGAUGAUGUUCCCGACAACAUAGUCAAAACCCUCCCUCUCCCUCGUUAAAGAUUUCGUUUUUUCCUCUCUUCUUCUCCAUGCCUAAAAAGAAAGAGAUCCGGGUCGGGUGAAAGCUCCGAUUAUGCAGGGGCGGCAGGAUCCGGCGGGCAUUGAGGGCUUGGACACGUCAUCGUCAUCUCCCGCCGCAUCCUCCAUAGCCCAAAGCUGCAGGAUCAAGCGGGCCAUUGUGGUGGGGAAGGGCGGAUCUCAAACUCCCGUCCCCACCUGCAGAACGACGCCGUUUCUCCCAGCCGCCGCCGGAACAACCCGACCCGUCUCCGCCCGGAAGUUGGCCGCCGCUCUCUGGGAGAUGAAUGGAGUGCCGUCGCCCAUGGUGAUGAAGACCAAAGACGAAAUGUCUUCCUAUUUCAGCGACCCAUCUCAGACCCCUGUCUCUCUGAGAAGGGAUCGAUCUGGACCGAGAAGUUUUUACCAGGAUUCGAUGAGGCCAGCUGCUGAUCACAAUGUGGGAUUGGAUUCUUUGAGUCUUGUUGAGAGUGUUAAAUCGGAUGGUGUGAGAACCCGGCUGAAAGACAUUAGCACUGCUUUGACAACAUCCAAGGGCCUUCUCAAAAUAAUCGACCGGAUUUGGGCCCACGAGGAUGCGGGCCCACCAUCUUCAAGCGUGUCUCUCAUCUCUGCAUUACGCGCUGAACUCGAGCGGGCCCGAAUGCAGGUCCACCGUGUGAUUCAAGAACAGCGCCCGGACAAGCAAAGCCGGGUCAGCUAUCUUAUGCAGCGUUUGGCUGAAGAGAAAGCGAAUGCUAUGCAGAAACUUGAAAGUGAACUUGAUGUAGAAAGAAAACUGAGGAGGAGAUCAGAGGGCUUGAACAAGAAGCUCUGCAAAGAACUGUCUGAAACAGAAGCUGCAUUCUUUAAGGCAGUCCAAACACUGGAAUGUGAGAAGAGAACGAGGGAGAUCAUCGAACAAACGUACAGUGAAUUAGUAACCGAAAGUGGCGGCUAUGGAGAUGAAGCUCCAACAAGGGUAAAAGUAAAAGACCAUCUCUCGGCAAUAACAAGAUGAUGAUGAUGAUGAUGAUGAAAUG